CGGGGCCCCGUGGAUGCCGCCGAGAUGGGCAAGGUGCUGUCCAAGAUCUUUGGUAACAAGGAAAUGCGGAUCCUGAUGCUGGGGCUGGAUGCGGCGGGCAAGACCACCAUCCUGUACAAGCUGAAGCUGGGCCAGUCAGUGACCACGAUCCCCACGGUGGGCUUCAAUGUGGAGACGGUGACAUACAAGAACGUCAAGUUCAACGUGUGGGAUGUCGGCGGGCAGGACAAGAUCCGGCCCCUGUGGCGGCACUACUAUACGGGCACGCAGGGCCUGAUCUUCGUAGUGGACUGCGCCGACCGGGACCGCAUCGACGAGGCCCGCCAGGAGCUGCACCGCAUCAUCAACGACCGGGAGAUGCGGGACGCCAUCAUCCUCAUCUUCGCCAACAAGCAGGACCUCCCCGACGCCAUGAAACCCCACGAGAUCCAGGAGAAACUGGGCCUGACGCGGAUCAGGGAUAGGAAUUGGUAUGUGCAGCCCUCCUGUGCCACCACAGGGGACGGACUCUACGAAGGGCUGACGUGGUUAACGUCCAACUAUAAAUCCUAAUGGCGGGGGGGACACGCACACGCGCGCACACCUACGAAUGAAACUCUUUUAGGCUAUGGAGAAUUUAAGGAAAAUAAAUGAAUGAAUAAAUAAAGAAUUAACCCACGUGGCUUCCCAGAAGAACAGUUCUCAGUGGAAAAGCAAAGCAUCCAUAGGAUUAUGAUCACCUCUUCUCCCACAACUGCCCUUUUCUUCAACACAGUGACUGGAUUCCUAUUUUAACUCUUCUUGCUUGGCAUUAGGAUGCUCUAAUCUUCGAAUGUGACACGAACACAAGCACUAGAUGCUAUGGCAGACUUCCAGCAAACAGGGGGAAAAGACACGUUGUAGAUUUGCUAAGUAACUUUUUUUUUUUCAUUCUUUCUUGAUUGCCCUUUAAUUUUUUUUUCCCCAUUCCUGUGGGGUGGGAGGAGCAAGGGUACCUCUGGGUGUAUGCUUUCUGGCUCUUUUUUUCUUUUGAAUUGCUGUAGAUUGCUACUUUCUUGCAUUCAUGCAGAAUAUGUUGAUAGGUCUAUUUCAUCUAGUAAACUAAAAAUGAUUGCUUAAAAUCAAACCGCAGUCUGUCUUUUUAUAUGGAGGACUUUUUUAAAAAAAAAGAAAAGUUCUGCUGAUCUGUAAUUAGUGACUUGAAAUUUUUGUCUUUUCAUAUCCAAGACUAAUAUGAAAUUAAAAAAAAAUUUGCCUACAGCAGCAAGUAGUGAGAAUACCAUUGUAAUGCAUUCAAAGUGUAUAUCAGGUGUAAUGUUAACUAGGUAAUGUAAGAACUGCUUGAAAUGUCAGCUGUGAAGUUCUGAACCAUACAUCAUGCAUGAGUAGGGAUGCAAGUAGGUCCCAUACAGCAUAGCAACCAUAUAACGAGUAAGAUGUGAAUGAUGUAAUAGUUUCAGGGUAUACUCCUAUUCAGUUCCUGUCUUGCAUUGCAGCUAAAUAUCACCAACUCUUGUGACCAUAAUCAGUUAUGCAUCAGACUCCCAUUUCAAUGCAAGAGAUCUCCAGAAAACGUAGCAAUAAUGUGAUGACUUUUACUUAAAAUCAAAACUGUGGGCAAAAAUCAGACCCUGACUUCCUUGCCUUGCAGUACAGGAAACAAAUGUUCAUAUUGACUUUUUCCACCCCCCCUUGCCUUACGUGAUUUUUUUUAAUGUAGCUUUAAAGUAGCUGCAGAGAAACAACUUCUGUUUCUGUACCAUAAACACUCAAGAAAGCUCACUCCUAAGCUUUUAACUGAAAGGUAUUUUUUCUUUUUUUCUUUAAUGCUUGAAUAAUUACCAUUUAAAGGAAGUGAUUAUCAGUUUAGUUUUUGCAAGACCACAAGUUAACUAAUGCAAGUAGCUGCAAAUGGCCUUAACCCUCUGUUCCAGUAGCAUGUUAAUAUAAUUCUGUAUGAAGGGAUCUCCAUUGGCUGUCUGAACUUAAAUCCAGUGAGUAACUGCUCAGUCAGGGUGGGGAGAAGAGUGAGUAUAUGACUAUGAAUGUAAAUCUCCAUAUUUAAGUCUUAAAGGGCAAGCAGCUCACUUGCUGUAUCACGGUUUUCAGAUGCCUGUGACUGGCAAAAAAAAAAACAAACCAAGUAUUUGAGUAGGUAUGAAAUGACUUCAAUCAAAUAUUAAUACUAGGUGCAAAAAAAAAAUUGUAAAGCAGCUGGCUCUUAUUCAGCCUUAAAGAUUAACUUCAGAUUUCCUCAAGGAGUUAAAGUCUAUUGGGGAAUUCUAGGAAUGUAUGCUACAAAACCAGAAGAAAAUGGCUUUUUUUCUCUCUCUCUCUCUCUCUCUCUCUCUUUUUUUUUAAGGUAUUAGAGUUGCAUUUAAAUUGGGGCAUUACACACUACAUUUCUGCAAUUUUAACUCUGCAUGUUAAAUAUAAUGUACAUGGAGCUUUUUACCAAAGAUGUAUGGGAAGAUUAAAAAUUGAGUGCUUAAAGCCACUUGGAGAAAAAAUUAGUGAUUUAGAAAAUGGCUCUAAAGAGGGACACAAUUGGUGUGAAUUGCAAAUGGCAAUGAAAGGGUUCUUGAUGCUAGAAAAUGGAGCAGUGAUUCCUAAAGAAAUCUGUGUAAAUGAAAAACAAAUUGGAGAAGCUAGCUAAACCAAUGAUCCUAAAUUCCCAGUCUGGAUGGGGAAAUGAAAGAUCUCUACUUGAUCUCAUAACUGAAAGUUCAUUGCCCUAUUUUUCUAGCUAUUACAAAUUCCAGAAGCCUUUUAUUUCAAUUUAACUGGUCAAACAUAAUGUGGUGUAAAGGUGCAGAAACCAAAGCACCAAGAUACUGUUUUCUUCUGG